GUCAAGCCAUCACUACAGACUUAUUUUCGCAGAGUGUAGAUGCGUGUGUAAAACGAGCUUAGAUUAAUUAUUCUAUUUCAGUGAUAAAAACGUGCAAAACCCUUUGAAAAACCAGCACCAGCUAACGAGGAACACUUUUCUGCUACACUAGCACUAUUUUCGUUUCGGCACGGGUGGUGUAUUUUUCGGGACGCUGCGGGAAGCAAACGACGUGGACAUCGAUCCCUGGCGUCAACAUAUCGAUCGCCUCGUGUAGACGUGUGCGAUGAAUGUAGGUGAAACAGCCGUAAGUAGGAUUAUGAACUCGCAAGAUCAAACAUUGAGCCAGCAGCAGGCUGCCUGGAUGGCAGCCGCCCAGGCAGUCCAGCAGCAGACCGCAGCUGGUGGGGGCUACGGCGGAGCGUACGGAAUGAACCAGCAGCAGCAGCAACAGCAGCAACAGCAACAGCAAUAUGCUCAGUUUUACGCGCUGUACCAGCAGCUGCAGUACAGCAACUCUGGCGGUGGCCUGCAGGGCAACAUGGGACAGCCUGGCUUCGGGGCGGCCAACAGCAACAAGGGCGUUAGCGGCGUGGGCGGCACGAUGAACAACUCACCAGCCGGAUUUUCGGCUGGCGCAAUGUCCGAUAACGGCGUCGCCGGUGGUAUGGGUUCGCCUGGCAUCGGAAUGGCGGGUGGCAAGUUUUUCAGCUCUCCUCAGCAGAACCAGCAGCAGCAGCAGCAGCAACAGCAGUCCGGCAAUGACGGAAUGGGUUUCAAGCAGGCCCCCAGUCAGUUUGGGCCGAUUCGCUUCAACAUCAACAAGCAUCCGCAGCGAGUGAGCCCGAUCGUGGCCAGCAAUCCGCUGGCACAGGCAAGCCAAAUACACGCCCAGCAACAGCAGCAGCAUAUGCAGCAACAGCAACACCAGCAGAUGAUGGCCGCGUUCCAAAAUCAAAAUGGUACGGGCGGUGGCAAGAAAAAGCGCAAAAAGAACAAAAACAACAACAUGAACAACCAGCAUGGCAACGGAAAUGGUGGCUCUGGAGGUGGUGGCGGCGGUGGUACGAUUUUCAUGAACGGUGUGCUCAACCCGACCGCCAACAUUCCGCCACUGAUGCCGGCGGGCUCGCUGCCGGUGUCGCCUGCUGGCAGCAGUGCCGGUGCCAGCUUUGUAACGUCUCCCCCCGAUCUGAGCAAGCCACCGCCUCCGCUGCCGGCAGUGCCGGGUGGUGCCAUUCCCGGUGGUGUCGGUCCCGGCGCCGGCAUUGGGCUCGCGCCGCAACCGCAGGCACCGACGCCGCCGAACGUUGGACCGCCGAAGAAGCCCGACCCGUUCCACAAUCCAACCGACGAUUGGCCGCAAAGCUUGAACAACUUCGUGGCCCGAUGCUACGCCAAGUGCAAGACCGAUUUCGACAAAGAUCAGAUCGACAUCUGUCUGAAGGGCCGCAUUACGGCCGCGGCCAACAAGGGUGAAUUGUGGACGAAAGACUGGGAUAACGAGCCGGUGCCGAGCGUGCACAGCGAGCGCAACCAGCAGCCGCUGCUGCUGCCGAAUCUUGGCAGCGGCGUGCUGGGCAUGGGGUCGCCCAACAACAAGGGCGGCAAGCUGGGCGGGCUGGCCCAGUACCAGAGCCCGCUUGGAAACGUCAAGGGAGGCGGCCAGCACCCGGCGCCGUACGGGGCUAAGAAGACAACACCAAACCAGGCGGGUCUUUCGCAACCGUUCGGCACGAGGCUGGGCGUCAAGUCGGGCGGAAGUUCGACCACGGGCAGCAGGAAAUCUUCCCGCCCGUCGCGUUCGCGAUCGCGCUCACCCAGCCGGUACAGCAGCAGCGGCAGCCGCAAUCGGCGCAGCCGUUCGUCCAGCGACGAUUCACGGUCGCCACGCCGCAAGGGACGGCGAUCGUCGAGCAGCAGCGACAACGACAGCCGUGCCGGGGGUUACGCGAGCAAAUCGUUCGGCAAGGGUAGUAACAACAGCAAGCAGCAGCAGCAACAGAAGCACAAGAAUCAGAAAAAUCAGAUGAAUAACAGCAAAAACCAGCAGCAGCGCAAAUCGCACGGCGGAUUUUAUUCCGAGCACGGCCAGAUUGGCGGUGCGGUCGAGGGUGACCUCGAGCAGCUGAGGAAGCGUGCCGCGCGCUUUAACGGCCAGGGCGGCAAGAAGGUGCCGCCGGUCGUUGCCUCCAACAUCGUGUCGCCGUUCGGUGGCAGGAAGGACCGCCGGCAGACCAUGCCGACGGUGGCGUCGCGCAUCUUCGUCGACGAGGCGGGCGAUCGCGACAACGAGGACGAUGAGGUGGAUCUGUUCGAUCUGCACAUCGUCGGCACGUGUCGCGAUCUGGAAAAGAGCUUCCUCCGUCUGACGAAGGCGCCGGCCGCGUCCGAGGUGCGCCCGGUCGAGGUGUUGCGCCACUCGUUGCAGAACGUCAAGAAGAGAUGGGUCGAAAAGCAGGACUACUUUUACGCCUGCGAUCAGCUGAAAUCGAUCAGGCAGGAUUUAACGGUACAAGGUAUUCGAGACGCGUUCACCGUACAGGUUUACGAAACACACGCCCGCAUUGCGAUGGAAAAGGGCGACCAUGAGGAGUUUAACCAGUGCCAGACGCAGCUCAAAAUGCUCUAUACCGAUGUGGGGGGCGAGAACCAUCUAGAGUUUACCGCGUACCGAAUCCUGUACUACAUCUUCACCAAAAACACCUUAGAUCUGACCACCAUUCUCAAGUCCUUGACGGCGGCGGAUAAAGAGAGUGACAUUGUAGGGUUCGCGCUCCGGCUCCGGUCGGCCUGGGCGCUGAGCAAUUAUAGCACUUUCUUCAAGCUCUAUCGCGAUGCGCCAUUGAUGGCCGGGUAUUUGAUCGAUUGGUUCAUCGAGCGUGAACGCAAACUUGCACUCAAAUCCAUUAUUAAAGCUUAUCGUCCCAAUGUGCCGGUGGAAAUGGUCAGCCAAACGCUGGCAUUCGACAGCGAGCAGAAAUGUUGCGAGUGGUUAGAGUCGUUAGAAAUGAUCAUGGCCAGCGUACCGGUGCCAGCGGCUAAACCAGCGCCGGCGGAGGGAUCGUCGGAAGCGGUGAUGGGUGGUGCGGCUGCUGCUGCUGUUGCUGCUGUGGAUAGUAAAAGUGUACCAAGUGCUACGAGAAAAGUGAUCGACUGCAAGCUAUGCAUGAACCUGUUGGCCAAUUUCUAGUUCGGCUGCGCUCAAAACGCAAACGCGCCACGCACGACGGCGUACCGUAGGGGGAAGCGGAGUCAAGUCAGCCAUGGAGUUGUCUUCGUUUCGAUGAUGCCAUGCCCCGUUGGGAGCUAAUUUACGUCCAAGGCAGAAAAAAGAGCUGAUGUCGGCAAAUUCGGCCAACAGAUUGCGCAUUCUCUUCCGAUGUUCGACUGUGUACAAGCAUGGCGGUCUUGGCCUGUCCGGUUUGCCAGACACAUAUAUCUAGCCUGUAGCGUAACCGCCGUCUUCCCCUAAGUCGUGCGUACCAAUGGCCAAAGCUGGUCGGCUCUCCUCCCGCUUUCUUGGCAAAUCGUGUUUUUCUUCGAGCCGUUACGCACCGCAGAAAAUUGAGUGGCGCGCAACAUUCAACGUGGGGAAGGAGAAAAAUUUGUUUUAGAAUUUUUCUCCUUUCGGCAAUAAUCCUUCAAAUGCUGUUCGUGUCUGUGUGUGAUUACGGAAAGGAACAAUCAAUAUGGCCCACACACACACUGGGCGAGACACGUACAGUGAAAAAAAAAUUGCAUAGAUUUGGACUUGCGUGUGAUUUUGUGUGUAUGUGAAGUGCGAUUUAUGUGAGUACGGUGUGAUUUAGGGUUUUUUUUAAUGUGUCAGUGAAAUUGGAAUGGAGUGAACAUCGGACUAAUCGGCGGUCGAGCAACUUCUGCGUGGAAACGGUCACUACUUUAGAUGUGCUCUCUAAAAAUAUCGCCAUAACUUGUUCGAAGAAGCAAUAUUCAGUUUCUAUCGGUACGUAACAGCACAUUUCAAAAUUGCUAAAAAGUUAUGGCACAAAAGCACACAAUAGCAUAAAGGACACACUGCUGCUACCGUAAAAUAGUUCUAGAAAAGCUCCAGCCGGUUGUUUUCAUGAAAGUUUCUCAACGUUUUUCGAUGCGCUGGAGGAAUGGCGCUGCUACCUUUACCUCUGCCUCGUGCCACGCGUUAUCCUCCAUAAAAUGCCAGCAAACAGGAGCUCUUGAAGCAAAUUGAUCGCUCCGAGCUAAUCCACAGCGCUGUAAUUUUCCGCCCCCCGGGCUGGGAUUUCCAUCAUUUUCAAUCUGAACCGAGGGAGUGAUUCCUAACUCCCGCAAUUGAGUGUCUUCUUAGUGAAAUGUAGAGUGUGACCGAAACCCCAAACCCUUCCGAGAACGGCGAGCAGUGCGACGAAAAGAAGAGGAACUAUUUAUGUUGAUUUAUCUUCCGUUUCAUUCUGAACCGCGCGGCACAGCACAAUCAGCCCCGAAGAACUGUUGCACGCGAAAGGAACAUGUGUGACGCUAGAUAGUCGUUCGAAAUUAUGAACAAAGGACAGCACAAAGACUGGCUCGUAUGCCGGGCCGAUGCGCAAACGGAAAAUCCGUUUAGUGAAGGGGACAGAUCGAUGGCAAGAGCUCACAGGAGUGUGCGUAUACGUGCACGGGGAAGGGAAAAACCCAACAUUUUCGCCGGGUUUAACCUGUUUCCGAUCGAAGAUGCCACCUAAAUUACCACAAUUCUACAUCACACACCGCAUCCGAAGACCGACGAUUUGCGUAUAAUACUGGCUGUGAACAGUACAAAAGCAUGCAAUGCGCUCAAAGAGAAGGAGGUUUCUGGUCACACCGACUGCUGCUGCUGCUGCUGCUAAUGAUUGCAGAGAUGGGGAAGAAUGGGGCAGUAACUUUCCACUAUCCAAACAAUCCAUCCUGGGGCACACUCCUUUAAAACCCUUCUUUGUUACUCCUGUCCGGCAACUCUCGAACAAUUCCCGUCUAAUCUCGAAAGAGAUUAUCCUUCAUCCCCCAAGACUUAUCCCGUCCCAAAACCACGUUGAAACCAUUGUUGAUGUGUAUUUUUGACGCUGACACAGUCAGUUGACUUACUACUUAGAUGAAACCAGCCGCCGCCCCACCAACCGGGCGUUCUACACCGACUUCGUUCGCGCGAAAACCAUCGAAAGGGGAUCGCAUCGUCGUUUGCAAAGCCUGGCAGGAAGUGAUCAACAACAACUGUAACAUAUCCCGGUACGAUCGUUUGUCGCCGUUAUCAUCGAACAUCAUUGCACACGCAACAUCACACGUGCAAAUUAACUUCUUACCAUACAAAAAAGGAACGUAAUGUCCCACUACCAUUACCGUUUCCAUCCUCCUGUCUGGUUGGUGUGUGCUUUUUAUCCCCCCCGUCCCGGUAAAAAGACACACGUACUGUUGACUGUGUUGUACAGUGCUCUCCGCUUAGGAUAAGAAGGAAAAAAAUGGGCCACUGAGGGCAGGUGGACCGUGCUGUUAAUUUCGAUCCAUUUUCCCCCGUACUGUUAUUAUUUGCUAUGUUGAUAUGUGUGUAUAUAUAAAUAAUAUAGAGUAUAAAAAGUAUCUACUAGUUAAUCCGGUUUACGCGCGCGCGCUACACGAGAUGAGAUGUAAGUUUUCGGCGUAAAAAAUAGCGAGAAGAGCAAACAAAAAAAUCACAUUCGUUACCACGGUACAGGGAAAUCGAAUGUUAUCGCCACCUCCUUCUCCCUUGUCCAUUGUUUUGCACCAAUCAUCUCGCAAUCUUCCCAAAACCACCAGCCCCUUGCGCGAACCUGUGACGGGGAGGAUGGGUUUUGGGUCGUCAUCAUCCACUGUACUUGUAAGAAUUUCAAAUAAAUAAAAGUUUUAGUUGCAACAAU